GAAGUGACUUGCAUGUGUUUAAUCUGACAAAGUGUUCCAAUUUUUGCACGUCGGUCUGGAUAAGUUACGAAUAAAACAAACUAUAUCGAAUAAAAUGGCUUUCACAGAUCUUUUCAGUGAGCUGUCAGCGCGUCUUCAACACAGGGAUGAUGAUGGUGAUAAUCAUCGGAGGGGUAACGACAGUAAAAGGAAAACCCGGAAUGAUCAGGCAAAUUCUUAUCAGGAGAAGCAGUAUUACAGAACGCGACAAACAAGGACGCAUCAUGUGCCUGCAUCCUCCAACGAUGACGAGGCAUUUAACUCCCAUUUUCUCAGGAGUAGGAAGGAACAUGCAGUUGCUGGCUUUUCUGGGGAACUGGGUCAAAGCCACAGCAGAAAAGCUGACCACAAUAACUUCUAUCGCAAAAUCCACAAUUCUAAGAGUAGAAACAAGUGUGACGUGAACCUGCAAAAAUGUCAGAAAAUGGAGGAUGCAGGUCAGCACGGGCAUAGGGAUCAGCGAUGGACCUCCGGCAGAGGUAGAGGCCGUCAGUGGAGACCUCCUUCCAGAAGAAAUGAAAGAGUCACUAAAAAUAGCAGAAAGAACAUCAAAGUGCAGCGUGAAAGGUUCAUGACACAGGAGUUUAAGGACCAGAACGGCAUGUGUGUGGAUGGGCGGCUUCUUUGUCGACAUUUCCUUUGGGGAAAGUGCAUCAAGGGAGAUGACUGCCAGCUGCUGCACGGCGAGAGAGCCAAUGAUUUGAUUAAAGAGCUGUGCAAAUUUUAUGUCCAAGGAUACUGUAUGAAAGGGGAGACCUGCCCAUAUAUGCACAAGUCCUUCCCCUGCAAGUUUUUCCAUAGACUAGGAAGGUGUUCUCAAGGAGACGAUUGCAGGUUUUCACACGGGCCGUUAACAGAUACCACAAAUCAGCUGUUAGAGGAGGCAUUCAAACGGGACAGUGAGCUGCCCGAAGCGGUGAAGAAAGCUGAAAAAUGCCCCUCAGAGCAGCCGGCAAGGAUGGAUCACUCACCUGUUGAUGAAAGUGUGCUUCCUGAUGUACUAACGCAACCAAUCAGGCCAAACUUUUACAAUAGCACAGAUGCGCUUGCUGAAAAGGAGACUAUGAGCAUGGAAGAAUUUGCCGAUGUUGCCCAAGCUCAGAGUCCAACGUCCACUAAUAUGAACCAGGAGGCACCAGUUUGUUAUUCUGUUGAAGCAGUCCUCGGACCGCAACUAUCCAAACCCUUUCCUAGUUUCUUUGGAACACUUGGAUGUAAAGUGUCUCCCCCUUCCUCAGUUCCACCGGCAUCUUUUGAUUGCGCUCUAGGCUCUGCAAAAGAAAGUGAAGGUCCACAAUCUGACAGUACUAUGGUCAAAAAUCCUGCCUUUGGCUCCUCAUCUAGCCCUCUUAUGAUUCAAGCGUCAUCCCGUAACCCAAAAACACUUUUAGAAGAUGUGACUGAACCCCAAUUAAUCCAAAAUGUUGUGGACGAGUCUCAGGAAAAAACUGUCAAGAGAAUGCCAUUUCUCCAAGUCCAUACUUGUUCAGUUCCAACCAUUGAUCUGUCUGGAAAAACCCACCCUGAGCUUUCAUUGAACUUUGAGGACACAGCAGAGCCUCAAAAACCUGCGCAAAGAACUUCCAAAGUGAAAUUGGACUCCUUGCAUUCUGCUGUCCCUGUGCUGGGGGAGUCUGUGUCAUCUGAAACUAAAGUAGGCAUGAAAAUGGACGCUGUCUCUUGUAAGUCUUUCACACCUCAGAGUACACAAGCUAACCCGCAGAGGGAACGGAAAUGUUCUCCAGACUGUAAAACUAAGUGUUUUGGACCUAUGACUAAGCCCACAGGAAAAGUGUUGUUCAGCCUUUUUUCAAGAUCCCCUAAUGAGGCAUCUCCAAAGCCUGCUGCACAAAAACCACAUCUCAGCAGUCUGGCAUCAGAAUCACGAGGCCCAUCGCGCUCUUUUGACGCCUUGUCAGGUCUUACAGAGUUAAAAAGGCGAGGAGUGAUUCCUGCUGAAUCUGUCCCUGCCUCUGUGAAUAUCGCUGAUCCUCUGAACACAGGCGGUCAUCAUAUUGCAGUGGAACAGCCCACUGAGCACCAACGAGACUCCACGUUAGCGGAUACUGACGUCAAACAACACAACUCCAAUGAAACCACACCUGAGUGCGCCCGCAAGACGGCAAACUCCGCUCGUUUGGCUGCUGGAUGUCACGAGACGCAGAGCAAACUUUUUCAAAGACUUUUUGCAAGUUCCAUCACUGACAGCCUGCAGCAAGGUUCUGUAAGGAGUCCUGCUCCUAAAGGCCGUAGUAAGCUGUUUCGUCAUUUACCACCUCCUGUAGAUGGGAGGAGUAAUGAUGGUGGUCCAGCAGUGAUUAAACCUGCCAGACCACUCCUCAGUACUUCUGCCUCCCCUGUCAGUGAGGCUGUGCCACACUUAAGCCUGCAGUUCCACCUAGAUAGUGGUUCCUCAUGUCCUCAGGAGUCCAUAAAGUUGGAGUCAGGUUCCAAUCAAAGAACUGCGUGUUUAGAAAUUCCUUCUUCGGGUAUGUUUUCGGGUUUUCUCGAUAAUGAUGUGAAGAAAACCUCUGACAAGCAAAGGCAGAUGGGAAAUCCUGUUUGUAGCUUUGUGCCAGAUUCUCCUGGUGCGAUAUCUGCGAAUCCACUUCCUAACAGUAACAGUUUAGAUCCAUCUGGAAUCCAGACUUGUCAGCCGCUGUCCAAUAUCCCGUUGACCAAAGAAACAAGUACAACUUCAGUCUUGAAGACACUGUUUGUCAGCCUGGGCCCAUACCAGCAGGAUCCACAGCAACAGGCCGCUGUCCCUCCAGAAAUUGAAGACAGCAUGCCGUGUGAAGUGCAACAUGAGUCAAAAAGAAGAAAAAUAAAGGUUGACCCAGAACCGCACCAGUCUUUGAACUGUGGGUUGACACUCCAGAGUCCAGCUUUGAGUGAAGGUCAGGUGAGAACGUUUAGUACACAGUCUGACCAAAAGGUGAAUCCAGCGCCGCUACUUACGCGUUGUUAUAGCCGAGCAACACGAAAGGAAACAUCAGACAAAGGGAACGGGGGUGCCAGUGGAAAGGUGAGGUUCACGCCACUCAAGGACCUUUUCAAGACUUUAGAUUCCACUGCUUUCAACUCUGGACAUUAACGUUUGGCAUGAAAUUAAUCUCAACUCGCACUGAUGGACUCUAUUUAUAUCAUCCUAGACCCAAAUAUCUUGGGACCAGUGUUUGAACUGUGAAAUGAAAAGGUUUGUCUUUCUUACCUGUUUGACAGGAGAAUAUCGACGUCCAUUCUUCAGAUGAGCAGCUAAAAGUUUGAUAAUUCAUAUCUGUGACACAAACGCAAUAAAGCUGGGAUUUGUUAUGUUUUUGUCUGUCUU